ACUGCGCCACCGCCGUUCGCAUUUGUGCGGGUCUUUGAGAUGAUGCAUAUUAUUGUUGGUUGGCUACCGAGGUUUGUCUGCACUUGGUGUGGCUCGAUAACGUUACCAUCAUCUUGGGCUCUCUGCCAGUGGUCCUUCGACUGCGAUUCGGUGCAGUUGUGCGGUGGUCUGCGCUCUCUCUUCCAGUGGCAUUCGUUUGGGUGGCCGGUUUGUGAUACACUUCUUCUGAAAAAGAAAAGAAGCAAAACAUGAGUCGACUUCCGGUGGCACUUUUCUGUGUGGAUUAUAAUCGUUCUAAAUUGUGCAAUUAAUCUCGUUUUGUGGAUUAAGGGUUCUGUGCUGCUUCUGUGUGUGGCGAAGAAUAACUCGAAAAGUGUGUAAAGCUUUGAUUUGGUGUUGUGUUGCGCUAAGCCGAAAUCUCGGAUUCCGUUGUUAAUUUGAGGAACGAAUUGGCCGCUGACAAUUUAGUGGAAUUAAGUGAGAUAUUUAGUGGUACCGAAUGUGGAAAAUGUGUGAAAUGAUUGGACGCGUUUGUCAUUUAACUGAAAACCAAAUGGUGUUAAGGGAAUAUAUUUGUGCAUAAGUUGUGAGGAAUAUAUGUUUGCUUCAGCAUUGAACUUAAUAUUGUUUCAUAUCAUGGAUUAAUACUCUGGAGUACCGAAACAGAAAAAAAGUUGCUGCUUAGUUAUAAUUUGCGAAUUUUGAAUUUGCAUAUGCACUUUGAGUAAACUGGACCGGAAUGAACCCGUUUUCCGUUUGUUUUGCUUCUCCGGCUUGUGUCACCUAAUUAUGUAAGUGAGUGAAUUGAACAGUUUGGAAUAAAAGUGAAAACGGUGCAGUGUCGAGUGGAUCUGACAGGUGGUCACUUCAAAGUUGAAUAAUUACGGCAAAACCAGCAAAACAAUGAGCGUGAAGUAGAAGGGCCAAACUAGUUCAAGUGAAGAGAAGUAUGCCGGAAAUUGGCGUGUUUGGGAUUUUCGUCACUUAACCACGCGUCGAAAUCUUCUUUCCGACGCCUUUCGGUCCGAAUCGUCGUCGAAGUCGUCGUGAAUCGGCCACAGAGAACGGUUUCUAGUGGGAUCAAUAACGUGGAUUUGAUCGUAUAAAGGAGGAGGCGAAACAACAGACAACAACUAAUUAAGAGUUUUCCAAAAAUUUUCAACUGUCAUGUUUGGUUGGAAUAAGGUUGGUUGGAAGAUGGAGGAGGAGGGAGAUGUCUUUCAAAUGACGAUCCGGUACAAAAGGUGCCCCAAUGUGCAAUUAAAUUAGCAAAUUAUCAAAAAAACACAUUCAAUGGAACCGCACUCUCGAGGCUACCGGAUACGAUUGACUUUGUAUGCUCAGAUCUGCUGAUAUGCUGAUGUUCAUGUCACUUCAACUGGACCCUGAUGGUGGAUUUAGGUACUUCGAGAAACUCCACCACGAUGUGGAGUCGAUGGAAAACAUCGAUUCUGCUGGUCGUCAUAAGUUGGAUAAUCAAGUCAGUUAUCGGUACUAGUCAAAACUAUAAAAUAAGUCCUAAGCCGUGUACAGUGAACGGAAUCGAAGGCACGUGUAUGUUUGUGUGGGAAUGCAUCAAAUCCGAGGGUCAACACGUGGGCGUCUGUGUUGACUCGUUCAUGUUUGGGUCUUGCUGCUCGCACAAUCUAACCGACAAUGUGAUACCACAAAACUAUCAUCAGACUGUAACUUAUCGCCCGAAGCCGGGCGGCAGCAAUAAGUAUAAGCCACCUAAACCUAGUACUUUUGUUAGUAGCAAUGGCUACACAACAAUUUACCGCCCAGGAAACGGCGGGACGCUUGUGAUACGACCGUCACAUAAUCACUACCACCACCACCACCAUCAAUACCACAAACCAUCGUCAUCCUCUUCCAGUAGUUCUAGUAAUAAUAACAUCAACAGUCAACUUUUUAGUCAAAAGCCAACAGAGGGCACUGUAAAUAAACACUCUACCUUAUUGACGCCUGCGCAGCAGCCGGACUUGGAAAUGGCAGCCAGUAGCAUGUCAACAGGAAUUUUCACAACCCAUUGGCAGGCAACAACGGAACCAAGUUUCAUUACGAAAACACGGCCACCGAAACCAAGCAAACCGUCCAAAAAACCGGUCCUAUCGAUUUCAAAUAACAUUCAAAGCACUGUAUUGAAACCAAAACCAUCGGCCAAGCCGACGAAACCAACUACCACUACUGUUAAAUAUACAACCCCGAUUAGUUUUGUAAGCACAACCACACUGAGGCCAACUCCACCACCAACAACUACGACUACAACGAAAGCAACAACGACCACAACGACUGAGACUUCGAGUACCUCGACAACCGUCAGCUCAAGCACGAGCCUCACGGCAGGGUCAUCGUCAUCUGUGAUUGGUGUGGAAGAUUUUCCCUCAUCACCCGAGCACUAUACGGCCGCUCCCGGGCGAACCACAAUAUCGGCCGCACGGAAUUAUGAGUGCGGAGUUCAAACGAUGGGUCGGCCAGAAACGCGGAUUGUGGGCGGCAAAAACGCUCCUUUUGGCCGAUGGCCCUGGCAGGUGUCGGUGCGGCGGACAUCUUUUUUCGGCUUUUCGAGCACACAUCGCUGCGGUGGAGCUGUGAUCAACGAGAACUGGAUAGCGACUGCUGGUCAUUGUGUAGAUGACCUGCUGACGUCGCAAAUACGGAUACGUGUGGGUGAGUAUGACUUUUCCCACGUGCAGGAACAGUUGCCCUACACGGAGCGUGCGGUUUCGAAAAAAGUUGUUCAUCCCAAGUAUAAUUUCUUCACGUACGAGUUCGAUCUGGCACUCGUGAAGCUGGAGCAGUCGCUAGUGUUCGCGCCGCACAUUAGUCCAAUUUGUUUGCCGGCGACGGAUGAUCUGCUUAUCGGCGAAAACGCCACCGUCACGGGCUGGGGGCGGCUCAGCGAGGGCGGAACGCUACCAUCAGUGCUGCAGGAGGUGUCGGUUCCGAUUGUUAGCAACGACCGUUGCAAAAUGAUGUUUCUCAGGGCAGGCCGACACGAGUUCAUUCCGGAUAUUUUCCUCUGUGCUGGUCACGAAACCGGAGGUCAGGAUUCCUGCCAGGGCGACUCUGGAGGGCCACUGCAGGUGAAGGGAAAGGAUGGUCACUACUUCCUGGCCGGCAUCAUAUCCUGGGGUAUCGGGUGUGCAGAAGCAAACUUACCCGGUGUUUGCACAAGAAUCUCCAAGUUUGUCCCGUGGAUACUGGAAACUGUUUUGUGAUAAUGUUAUGGAACACUGGAAGACAUACAGGAUGUGACGGAAGCGUAGAGAGUGGGGGAUGCGAAAAAGUGUUCAAUCAGUUAACAAAAAAGACUUGAUUUUUAUUUAGCAGAACGUACGAGCAGAAUAUGAUCAAAGUUUGUAUAUACAUAACAAAAUUAGUUCGAAAGUGAAACGUUUGCUUAGCCUCAAUUCUAGUGAAUCAGGAUUUUCCCAAUUAUUAGUGAUUGUUGAAACAAGAAUAGCCGAAAGUGUAGGAAUAGGAGCACAGUGAGACGAGUCAUGGCACAAAACCGCUAACCAAUGUCUAGUUACAAACACGACAAAACUCAAGCUCGACUCAUGUAAAUAUUAUUGUAUUAUAUAUUCGAUAGAAAUAGGAAAUCGACAUAAUAAUGUAUAUACUAAUCCUCUCGAAUAAGCUAUUAUUUUGCAAUAUUGUUAAUACAGUUGUUAAUUUGUAUUUAUAGGCAAAUAAAUAAUUCAUUAUGACGUCUUUCCAAA